AUGGAAAGAAACGAGGCAUAUUAAAAUUACUUUGAUCUAGUCGAUAGGUAAUUAGGUGCACCUAAAGCUGAUAAACCUAAAAAGGUUAUUAUUGACACAGAUCCUGGUGGUGAUGAUGCUCAAGCUAUCGUUUUAGCUCUUCAUUUGGCUUAAAAGAUGAAUGUAGAAAUACUUGGAUUGACUGUAAUGGCAGGAAACGGUACAUUAGAAGAUGUCACAUUAAAUGCCCAGCUUAUCCUUGAUGCAUGCAAGAAUAAUGAAAUUCCUAUUUAUAGAGGGGAAAAAGAUUACCUCCAUCCUUAUGAAUACGAACAUCCACACUAUGGUCCUGAUGGAUUCGGCGGGUUUCAACUAUCAUAGAAAGAUAGAAUUGUUUUGAAAAAUGUGAGAGAAAAAUCAGCUGUUGAUUUCCUUGUAGAAUCUGCAAACUAACAUCCUGGUGAAAUAACCUUGAUUUGCUUAGCACCUUUAACUAAUAUUGCAGUGGCUCUAAAUAAAGAUCCAUCAAUAGGAAACAAAUUUAAGAAUAUUGUGAUAUUGGGUGGGUCGUAUCUUGCUCAUGGGAACACAAAGUAUAACUGUUCAGAAUUCAACUUUUUGAAAGAUCCUGAAGCCGCCAAUAUCUUAUUUGAAAGGUGCGAAAACAUUACAAUGGUGCCAAUUGAAGUAUCAAGAUCAUUUAGACUUUUAUCCUAAGAUUAUGUCAGCAAGCCCUUCUUAAGUAGAACAGAUAAAGGUGUCUUAGUGCUGAAAUCUUUUGAAAUCGCAUUUCAUAACUCAGGUCAGUAUUAUGAUAUUGUAGAUCCUUGCGCGAUUGCCGUGGCUUUCUGUCCAGAAGUAGUCACAGAAUUCUACGAGAAGCCUAUUUUUAUUGAAACAGAGGGAAAGUACACCAGAGGAAUGGUAGUAAUUAAUUGGAUAGGCAGAGGAUAUGAACAAAGACACAAUAGCACAAUAGUGUCUGCAUUGAACCUAAAUGCAGUUGUUGAAAUGCUUAUCGAAUCAGUACAGGAAUGA